AUGGACGUAUUCUCCACAUCUCAGAUCUUCUACGACAGCGCCUGCGCCUCAUCCCCUGAAGAUUUGGAGUUUGGGCCCGGAAGCGAGCUCACUGGAUCUGAGGAGGACGAGCACAUUCGGGCCCCCGGCGCCCCGCACCAGCCUGGUCACUGCUUGCAGUGGGCAUGCAAAGCUUGUAAGCGCAAAGCCAGCACUGUGGAUCGACGGAGGGCCGCCACCAUGAGGGAACGUCGCAGGCUGAAGAAGGUGAACCACGCUUUUGAGGCUCUCCGGCGGUGCACCUCGGCUAACCCAAGCCAACGUCUUCCAAAAGUUGAGAUCUUGAGGAACGCCAUCCAGUACAUCGAGAGCCUCCAGGAGCUGCUCCGAGAACAGGUGGAGAACUACUACAGCCUGCCUACGGGAAGCAGCUCCGAACCUUCUAGUCCGUCCUCCAGCUGUUCGGAGAGCAUGGUUGAUUGCAACAGUCCUGUAUGGCCACAGAUGAAUCCGAACUUUGGAAUUAAUUACAACUUUGAUGCACAACAUGCUGGUGCUGUGGACAGAAGCCUCGGAGCAUCUAGUUUGCAGUGUUUGUCCAGUAUUGUAGACCGGCUGUCCUCAGUAGAUGCUGUUGGAAUGAGAAAUAUGGUUCUCUCACCGACUGGAAGUGAUUCUCAAUCCAGUUCUCCAGACAGUCCCGGCAACAGACCAGUCUACCACGUCCUGUGAGAGGGAACAAGAUACUUCAACCUGUUAAGAACGUGGACCACACAGAAACUUAAUGAAUCCAAACUAUCCACAGUAUUCGCAUACAGACUCUAGAUCUUCUUCUUUA